GAGAGAGCAGGUUCCUUUUUUCCGUUGCUUCCUCCUCUCCGCCUGUCAGGCCACUCAAGUGGAUUCUCUGGUUCUACCGGCUGCGUGUGUGUGUGAGCGUGUGUGUAUAUCGCCGUGCCGUGUGUGUGUGUGUAGCUGUGUGUGGCGCAGGAGAGAGAGAGAGAGAGAGAGGCUAACGAAACUCUACUCUGGAUUUACCCCAAACACACCGACACACAGACCGGGCCACCGCAGAUACAAGCAGACAGCUGUGGAGAGACAGACAGACAGACAGAGGGAGCAAAAGAGAGACAGAUAGAUAGAGAGAGACAGACAGACAGACAGCGGGAGAGAGAGGUGGGGAUGGAGUGAGGCUAACUGGGGGCCGAUGCAUCUGGCUACUGGAAUACUACAGGAACGAGGGAUCUGACGAACGAGGGAUCUGUCAGGAGAGGAAGAGAGGACUGUUUAUUCCGGCACGGACACCGAGAGGGAAGGAUGAGAGGAGACUGGCAAGCUCUGUCCUAGAGAGAGAUGUCAGCGUCCAGCGGGGCCAGUAGCAGCAUCAGCAGCGGUAGUCACGACAACCUUGCGCAUCACCAUCAUCACCACUCCGACUCCAGCAGCAGCAGCAGCAGCGUCGGCGUAGCAACCACCUCUAGCGAGGACCCCUCCUCCUCCUCCUCCUGCAGACCCCCUGCGCCUCCUGUCCGGGUGGCCAGCGGUCUGCGAGACUCCUCCUCCUCCUCUGCCACCUCCUCCUCCUCCUCCUCUUCCUCCUCCUGCUCCCUCUCCAAGCCCCUCCCCAUGGCACCCGAGGAGAAGAACCGCAAAGCUCGCCUACGGGCCAUCUUCCCUGGAGGAGACAAGUCCAAUAAGAAGAAGGAGAAGGAGAGGCCUGAGAUCUCGCUGCCGUCGGACUUCGAACACACCAUCCAUGUGGGCUUCGAUGCUGUCACCGGGGAGUUCACCGGUAUCCCGGAGCAAUGGGCCCGGUUGCUGCAGACGUCCAACAUCACUAAGAUGGAACAGAAGAAGAACCCUCAGGCUGUCAUCGACGUCCUCAAGUUCUACGACUCCAAAGACACCAGCGGCAACCAGAAAUACAUGAGCUUUACUUCUGGAGAUAAAACAGCGCAGGGCUACCUUGCCACUAACACACUGAAUCGGCUGCUAUCUUCGGGUCCUCCUGUGAGUUUAAGGAGUUGCAGUACUCUCUUCGACAAGGCUGCUAAGACGGCCACAGACUCCCCUCUGGCUCCCCCGGUGUCCGAGGAGGAAGGUGACGAUGAUGAGGAAGAGGAUGAUGAUGACGACGACGACGAUGACGAAGACGAUGAUGAUGACGAGGUCCCACCGGUCAUCGCACCCCGACCGGAACACACCAAGUCGAUCUACACGCGGUCCGUGCUGGAACCCACGGCCAACUCGCUCCCCGCCCACCCCGCCGUGGCCCUGCCCCCGCCCAUCCCCGAGGAGCCGCCCCCCACACCACCCGUCACCACGGAGACGGACAGCUCGGUCACCACGGCAACCUCCAGCACCCUGUACCGGAACACCGACCGGCAGCGCAAGAAGAGCAAGAUGACCGACGAGGAGAUCCUCGAGAAGCUACGGAGCAUCGUGAGUGUUGGAGACCCCAAGAAGAAGUACACUCGCUUUGAGAAGAUCGGACAGGGGGCUUCAGGAACGGUCUACACAGCUAUUGACAUUGCCACUGGACAAGAGGUGGCAACCAAGCAGAUGAACCUGCUGCAGCAGCCCAAGAAGGAGCUGAUCAUCAACGAGAUCCUCGUCAUGAGGGAAAACAAGAACCCCAACAUUGUCAACUACCUGGACAGUUACCUGGUAGGAGAUGAGUUGUGGGUCGUUAUGGAGUACCUGGCGGGGGGCUCAUUAACAGACGUCGUCACGGAAACAUGCAUGGAUGAAGGACAGAUCGCAGCAGUGUGUCGAGAGUGUCUGCAAGCCCUGGAAUUCCUUCACAGUAACCAGGUUAUCCAUCGAGACAUAAAGAGUGACAACAUACUACUGGGAAUGGAUGGCUCUGUGAAGCUGACGGACUUUGGCUUCUGCGCCCAGAUCAGUCCGGAGCAGUCCAAGCGCAACACCAUGGUGGGCACCCCCUAUUGGAUGGCUCCAGAGGUCGUGACCCGGAAGAGCUACGGGCCCAAGGUCGACAUCUGGUCCCUCGGCAUCAUGGCCAUCGAGAUGGUGGAGGGGGAACCGCCAUACCUGAACGAGAACCCACUCAGGGCCUUGUACCUGAUCGCCACCAACGGCACCCCUGAACUCCAGAGUCCGGAGCGGCUAUCGUCGGUGUUUCGGGACUUCCUCAAGAGGUGUCUGGAGAUGGACGUGGAGAGGAGAGGAUCUGCUAAGGAGCUACUGCAGCACUCCUUCCUGAAGCUCGCCAAGCCGUUGUCCAGUCUGACUCCGCUCAUCAUUGCAGCUAAGGAGGCCAUCAAGAACAGCAGCCGUUAGUUACUCAGUAGCCGCUAGCCCACACACCGCUAACUACAACACUGCAACACACAGCGGCUAACCCAGCCACCGCAACUACGAUACCACACAGCGGGACGUGCUAGCGACGAACAACAAAAACAACUCUACACUGCAGUACAUAUUAGCGGCUAAUCACCGCUAACUACAACAUCACUCGGCGGCACGUGCUAACUGCAAAUACCAACAUCACUACACAGCGGGACGUGCUAGCGGCUAACAACCGCUGACAGUUCACCAGGAAUGGCUGCUGCUAUAGCAACGGACAAGUUGGCAGCAGGCCACUGUAACACCAGACAGACAGCUGUGAACAACACAUAGCUAGCUGCUAGCAUUAACUGCUGACAGUAAGCGGCUAAUUGUUUAGCUUGUAAAAAAGACGUCAUCACCAAGCGGACAGCUGCUACAACACCAUGUGAAAACUGUUAGCUGUUUUUGCUAUCAGCUAACUACCAGCAGCUGACUAUGUAUCCUGGCAACCUUUUUUGUGGAUAACAAAACAGACAUGACAGACUUGCUGGAGAGACGUGGCAGCCAGCCUGUGGUGUAAUUUACACGAUGACCACAUGGUGGCGAUAACACACACACACACACACACAAACACACACGCACCCGCAAACACAAAACAAACACACUGCUCCCCCCUCUUCCCAUAUACACUCUACUGAAAUGGAUGCUCCAAAUACCCACCUCUGGAAUUAGUACAGUGGUUCCCAAAGUGGGUGUCGGGUCCCCUAAUGGGGUUGGGGAUGUACUACAGGGGGGUCGCGGACCCCCAGUUUGGGAACCACUUCUGGAAUUAGUGUAUUCAGUAUGACCUAUAGCUGCAUGACUUCUGCUCAACCACAUAUACUGUUUCUACAAGGAGAGAUUGUGUGCGUGUGUGCGUGUGGGUGCGUGCAUGCGUUUAUGCAUAUGUGCAUCUAUUUCUUUGCUUCCAAAAAAAUCUUUUUUUCACUUUGAUUGUCAUUUGGGUUUUGGUACUUAGUUUUUUUAUAUUAUUGUGUGUGUGUGUGUGUGUGUGUGCGUGUGCGUGUGCGUGUGCGUGUGUGUGUGUGUGUGUGUGUGUGUGUGUGUGUGUGUGUGUGUGUGUGUGUGUGUGUGUGUGUGUGUGUGUUUGUGUGUGUGUGUUCAUCUUUAUACUUUUGCUUUGUACUGCUCUUAACAUCUUGCUAUUUAUUUUCUGCACUCUAUUUAUUUUGUUUGCUGUUGGUGUGAGUGUCUGUAUGUCUGAAUGCGCGUGUGUGUGUGUGUGUGUGGUGGGCUACCUCAUAAUUUGGUGCUGUGUGUGAAAGUUGGGAAACAGGUAUUGACUUACAGUACCUCGGCUUUGGGACUGUGUGUGCGUGCGUGUGCGUGUAUGUGUAUGUGUGUGUUGCAAGUCGCUGUGUCUAUGUGUCUUUCCUCUACUUGCUAUCCUGGACUACAUCAUUCCUGCACUUUUGGGAAAAAAAAACAAUCUGGAAUUCUGCAAUGUGGGAAUUCCGUAGCAGUGCGGCCAAAACUGUGGACACUAUACAGGAAGGAAGACUUCGGGGUAAUCACCUGGAAUCUCCAGUUCCGCCCGACGCCCGUUGGAAAACUCUUUUGGAACAAUGCGUUUAGUUUCUUGAAUUCUCUUCCUUCUCUCCCUGGAACAUAUGGAAUGCUCUUUCUCAGAUUCGUUUUUUGUUUUUGUUUUUGAAAAAGUACAAUGAAACAUCCAAGAGUUAGAUUAACACAAUGGGAAUGUUGAACAAGGGGACGUUAUUUAGCAGUGUGUGUAUAUGUGUGCGUGUGAAUGUGAAUGUGCGCUCGUGGGUGUGUGUGUGUGUGUGUGUGAGUGUGUGUGCAUGUAAAUAUAUGUCUGAUGAGUAGAUGAGAGACAACCUUCAAUGCCAUCUAGUCACAUUACUCACCUCACACACACACACACGCUCACACACUCACGCACGCCCACACACACCCGAAGCGCAGGCAGUUGUCAGUCAUGUAGUUAGAUUAAUGUGGUUGCCAUGGUGAUGAAGAGAAACAAAGCAAAGAGACGCCACGCUACAUUUUCUCUGCUCUGCCUUCGGGAAGUAACAGACAAGCUCCUCCGGUUCAUUUGCAAUUUGUGUAAAAUGUACAAAGUUAAGUUGUGUGUGUGUGUGUAUGUGUGUGUGUGUGAGAGAGAGUGUGUGUUUUUGUGUUAUCUGCAUACGUGGCAAUGGAAACAGCCUCACAUAAAGGAAUAAAAAGGAGUUUGGAAAGGAAGAGUGAGCAAGAGACGGUUAUCACCACAUCACAGAGCGAAAAGGAGUGAGCUUGGAGAAGAGGGAAUGGAGUGAUGAGAGGAGAGAUAAGAGGUAUGGAAGGAUAGCAGAAGAGAAGAAGACAUGCAGGACUGUCACUGUGGAGAUGAGAGCAUGGUAAACAAAUGCUGUUUACAAACACAGCUGACAUGAGAGAAGAGAGGGAUGCAGAUGAAAAACAGAGAAGAGACAAAUGAGAGGACAGAAGAGGGGGAUGCAAAGACAGAUGAAAGGAGAGAAGAGGGGAGGAUGCAAACGCAGAUAAAAGACGACAAGAGAGGGAUGUUUGAAAACAAUUACAAAAAAAGUCAACGUUCAAAGAUGAAAAAGUAUUUUAUUUCUCGUAGCUAUUUAAUUCAUGAAUCAUAAUUUGCUGUUUGUGUCGUUUCUUCUUCUGGGGUCCAGGGGGGCAGGCGUGACAGAAUGAGUCGUCACUUGGGAAACCAUGGCUACCGUGACAACAGUGAUAUGUCACCAUGUGAACUGUCAGGAGUGACGGGGUGGGGGGUGUCACCGGGG